AAUGGACUUUACUGCUGUUAAUCGAUCUCCACUAAACACAAGCAAAACUAAAUAAAUGUAUACUUUCUCAAAGGCAAAAAGAUGGGUUGAUCCUAAAGAUAAUGUGUAUUUAUACAUAACUCAAAGUUAGUUGCCCUCCAAUAUAUUAAUUGCCAACUACAUUGAGUAAGAGAGCAGCUGGAAUAGGUUAUGGAAAGAAGAUGAACAUAACCUAAGAAUCUAUUUCACCUGCUCCCAAUUCUUAUUAAAUUUAAACAGCCAGAGAACAUGGAUGGACCAUGGGAUUGGGUAGAGAUGUAACUUUAUUGUUCCAAUUUUCAAGCGUGCAAACAAAUUCGAGAGCAUCUUCUUAGGUUUAGUCUAAAAAACACCUGGACCAGGAUCAUACAAUUUCUAAGAAACCUAGUCAGCAGUUCGUUAUAGUAUGAGACAACGAUUACAAAGCAGAAGAAGCAAAGAUAGAAAACCUGGACCGUAUUCCUAUGAACCUAUUCUAGAGGCGAAUAUGAUUUACCAAGCAGUAUAAACAGUCGAGGCAAGUAUGCCUUAAGUUAAUAUCGAGAGUAAUUAUAUAUGACGCUAUCAAAUUAAAAGUUCAGGAGCAGUGAUACUCUCGCCUCCCAAAGCCCAUUCAGACAGAAAACUAAGGGAUAGUACUCCAGGGCCAGGCACAUACAAAGAGACAGGUAACAUGGAUCCUUUGGGUACUUACUUUUGUUCCAAAUUUGGUGCAAGCAAAUGUAACAAAUUUCCAAGAGCUUAACGCAUACUAUCAGAACAUAGAGAAGGAUCACCAGGACCAGGACAUUAUAAAUUGCCAUCAGAUUUUGGGUGCUGAU